UCUGUCGCCUCAGGCCCCUCAGCCAAUCAGGGCUCCCGACUCCGUGCUGGCUCAGCCAAUGGAAUCCCACCCCAGGUUUGAACCCCGACGCGUCUGCGCAGCCUCAGCGCCUCAUGGGAAUUGUAGUUCACCCUCGAGGCCAUGCGGUCCUCAGCAGCAGGAGGAGCCAGCCUCACCUCCUCGGGACAGUUGACGGUUGCUGCCCUGGCCGGCCGGUUCCCAAUGGAGGACGGAGGCUCCCCCGAGAGCCCAGCUGUGUGGACUGCCUCCGAGCCCAGCGAGUCCCUGUCCUCGGCCCACAGACACCUGAGCAGAAGGAAUGGGCUUUCGAAGCUCUGCCAGAGCAGGAUGGGCCUCUCUGAAGACAGAUGGAAUUCCUACUGUUUGUCGUCACUGGCCGCCCAGAACAUCUGCACCAGCAAACUGCACUGCCUGGUGCCACCGGAGCCGCCGGAACUGCCCCGGUCCCUGGGCAGCGCGUCCUGCUGCUCUCUGCUGCGGGGCUUGUCCUCAGGGUUGUCCACGCCCCUGCUCCCCACCCCCGUGUGCAACCCGAACAAGGCCGUGUUCACUGUGGACGCCAAGACCACAGAGAUCCUGGUUGCCAACGACAAGGCUUGCCAGCUCCUGGGGCACAGCAGCCAUGACCUGAUCGGCCAGAAGCUCAUGCAGUUCUUCCUGAAGCCCGAUUCCGACGUGGUGAAGGCCCUCAGUGAAGAGCACGUGGAGGCCGACGGCCGUGCCGCUGUCGUGUUCGGCACAGUAGUAGACGUGGUGAGCCGCAGCGGGGAGAAGAUCCCCGUUUCUGUGUGGAUGAAGAAGGUGAAGCAGGAGCAUAGCUUGUGCCGUGUGGUCGUGCUGGAGCCUGUGGAGCGGGUGUCCGCCUGGGUCGCUUUCCAGGGCGAUGGAACCAUAACAUCCUGUGACAGCCUGUUUGCUCUCCUGCAUGGGUACGCAUCUGGGGAGGAGAUGCUCGGGCAGCACAUCGCAGACCUGAUCCCUUCUGUGCAGCUCCCCCCCCGCGGCGAGCCUGUUCCACAGAAUCUCAAGAUUCAGAGGUCUGUUGGGAGAGCCAAGGAUGGUACCACUUUCCCUCUGAGCUUAAAACUGAAAUCUGAGUCCAGUAGCGAGAUGGUGGAAGACAGCAGUGCAGUCCCCGAGCUGGGUUACUCGGCAUCCAUCUGGGUAUUCUCCACCAUCAGCGGCCUCAUCACCCUCCUGCCCGACGGGACCAUCUACGGCAUCAACCACAGCUUUGCACUGAUGCUGUUCGGUUACGGGAAGACGGAGCUUCUGGGCAAGAACAUCACUUUCCUGAUUCCCGGCUUCUACCACUACAUGGGCCUUGCGUGUGACACUUCUUUACCGCUGCCAGACCUGGCCAACUGCUUGGAUAUCGGCAACCAGAGUGAGCCUGGGGAGACAAGCGUGGGCCCCUGGCAGGGCCGGAACCCAGCCGGCGUGGCCACGGAUCCAAGGGCUAACGGCGCGCUUGUUGGAGACCACGUUCUUCCACGAGGGGAGACCCGAGAGCCCGUGGGAAGCCAAGAAGCCUUCGCUGGGACCCAGGCCCAAGCAGACCCUGGAGGCGGCCUCUCUUCCUCCCUCCCGCGUCUGCCCACUCCAGGAGUGGACAGCAUCCCAGAAGGAAGUCCGCCAGCCCAGGAAUGGUCGUCACCCGAGGACCAGGGAGACACCCCGGAAGGAAGCGCACCAGCCCAGGAAUGGUCGUCACCCGAGGACCAGGGAGACAUCCCGGAAGGAAGCCCGCCAGCCCAGGAAUGGUCGUCACUCGAGGACCAGGGAGACAUCCCGGAAGGAAGCGCACCAGCCCAGGAAUGGUCUUCACCCGAGGACCGGAGAGACAUCCCGGAAGGAAACGCACCAGCCCAGGAAUGGUCUUCACCCGAGGACCAGGGAGACACCCCGGAAGGAAGCGCACCAGCCCAGGAAUGGUUGUCACCCGAGGACCAGGGAGACAUCCCGGAAGGAAGCCCGCCAGCCCAGGAAUGGUCGUCACCCGAGGACCAGGGAGACAUCCCGGAAGGAAGCGCACCAGCCCAGGAAUGGUCUUCACCCGAGGACCGGGGAGACAUCCCGGAAGGAAGCGCACCAGCCCAGGAAUGGUUGUCACCCAAGGACCAGGGAGACAUCCCGGAAGGAAACGCACCAGCCCAGGAAUGGUCUUCACCCGAGGACCAGGGAGACAUCCCGGAAGGAAGCGCACCAGCCCAGGAAUGGUUGUCACCCAAGGACCAGCGAGACAUCCUGGAGGGAAGCGCACCAGCCCAUAGCCAACAGUCAUCAGCCGAUGACCAGCCGAAUGCUCUCUUGGAGAAAGAGGAACCUGCAGCCCCAGAAAGCCUCAGACAGGACCUUGUAGGAAGAAGCGGGUCUCACCCAGUACACACAUGGAUGUCUGCCUCCCGUGAAGGAUCUGAGGAUAGGAGCAGGCAUGCUGAAAUGUGUAGCCUGUAUGAGGCACAGUUGGAGUGGACAAGCUUGAGCAGUGCCCGCAAUUCGAACCAUCGGGCUGAUACCAUCAUGCCCGAGCCCCAUGCCACAGGCCAGCUGGCAGGGGAGGGUCUCCUGAUGCCCUGCCCUGGAUAUCGGGGUGAGCAGAGCACGCAGUCAGGAAGCCCCCCCAGGACAGCACGACUCCCGUUUUUGAUGCCUACUCUGGAUGAGCCGUGGGUGGCCGUGGAGAAUGACCGCGAGGAGCUACAGACUUGCUUAAUUAAGGAGCAGCUGUCCAAGUUGAGCCUCGUGGAACCACUGGGUGUCUCUUACACCAAGCUGGCCCCAGAAGAGCGCCCCCAAUUCUCUGCCCCUGUGUCCUUGUGCGACCCAGGAAGCAGGGCCCUGUGCAGCCGAGCAGGCAGCUCCUCGGCCUACUAUGCUCUGGCCACAGACCUCCCUGGUGUGCUGGAUGCAGCGCCAGCCCAGGAGGCUGAUGGGAAUUCAUUUUCCUGGAACCUCAAGGAACUCUUUUACAAUGAACGGACAGAUCGAACUUCCUCCAGCUGUUCCUGCACUGCGUCUGAGCUUGUGGGGACGCCGUCUCCUUCGCCGGCAGGCUCUGAUGUAGACAUGAGUGGUCUGCACCGGCGGAGAUCAGAUGUUCUGGAUGACCGAGAAUUGUUGCUCCUGACCGGCACUUACUUCGAUCUUGGGGAGGCUCGGCAGUUUUGCGAGAGCCGUCUGGGGCCCCAUCAAGUAGAGCCCUCCGAGACGUGUCUGGUAUCCUCAGAACACUAUGAAGUGAGUGGCAGAGAGAGCCCAGCCUGUGUCCUUCCCACGCCGGGGGCUGGCCCCGCAGAUGUGUGCCCCACAGAGGAGCCCAGGUUGAGUUUCCAGGUCACCUCCACACCUGUGAGAGGGGACAGCCCGGCAACAUCUGGGGGUACCCGCGUGCAGCAGGAGAUCCAGGAGGGGACCUACGCCGGCAGCUGCUACCACCGGGAUGGAGCCCAGCUGAGUGUGCAGUUUGAGGUGAAGCGGGUGGAGCUCCAAGGCUCCGCAACCCUGUUCUGCUGCUGGCUCAUGAAGGACCUGCUGCACAGCCGCCGGGACUCGGCCACGCGGGCCCGUCUGCUCCUGGCCAGCCUGCCCAGCUCCAGCCACUCCGUGUGCGAGCUUUCUGAACCCAGCAUGGGGGAGAUGCUCAGAAGCAAGCCCUGGUUCGAGGAGCCCCCCAGGGCUGUGGAGCUGGAGGGGCCGGCAGCCUGCGAGGGCGCAUACUCCCGCAAGUACAGCACGCUGAGCCCCCUGGGCAGUGGGGCCUUUGGCUUCGUCUGGACUGCAGUGGACAAGGAAGCCAACAAGGAGGUGGUGGUAAAGUUUAUUAAGAAGGAGAAGGUUUUGGAAGAUUGUUGGAUCGAGGAUCCCAAACUUGGAAAAGUUACUUUAGAGAUUGCAAUUCUGUCCAGGGUGGACCACGCCAAUAUCAUCAAGGUGUUGGACGUAUUUGAAAACCAAGGGUUCUUUCAGCUUGUGAUGGAGAAGCACGGCUCCGGCCUGGACCUGUUUGCAUUCAUUGACCGCCACCCCAGCCUUGACGAGCCCCUGGCAAGUUACAUCUUCCGACAACUGGUGACGGCGGUGGGGUACCUGCGCUCGAAGAGCAUCAUUCACCGCGACAUCAAAGACGAGAACAUUGUGAUCGCGGAGGACUUUACCAUCAAGCUGAUCGACUUCGGCUCCGCUGCCUACUUGGAGAAGGGCAGGCUGUUUCAUACGUUUUGUGGGACUAUUGAGUACUGCGCACCCGAAGUCCUCAUGGGAAACCCGUACAAGGGGCCGGAGCUGGAGAUGUGGUCGCUGGGGGUCACGCUGUACACGCUGAUCUUUGAGGAGAACCCCUUCUGCGAGCUGGAGGAGACCAUGGAGGCCAUGAUCCACCCCCCGUACCUGGUGUCAGAAGAUCUCAUGAACCUCAUGUCUGGGCUGCUGCAGCCUGUGCCCGAGCAGCGCACCACCCUGGAGAAGCUGGCGACAGACCCCUGGGUGACACAGCCCGUGAAUCUUGCUAACUACACCUGGGAUGAGGUGUGUCGCAUGAACAAGCCAGAAAGUGGAGCUCUGUCCGGUGUGAGCCUGGAGGCCGAGAGCAGGUGCGCCAGGGAAGUGGCGUGGGGUCUGGAGCCCUGCGGGGCCCUGUGCCCCAGGGGAGGCCCCUGAUGCGCCAACUCCAGCUCCCUGCUGCUCCCUCAGGAGCAGGUUGUUUUCAGGCCCCCUCCAGUCAGAGAAAGUAAAUUCUCAAGCAUUAGGCCCAAUUCACCUUCUAAAAACUCCUCUGCAAGUUUGAGAAAUGCUAGAACAAAAGCCGGUGGUGCUACAGAUUUUAGGAUUAUAAAUAGACUUGGAAUUCAUUUUUCACAUGACCUUGGAUAAGCAUGCUAGCGUUUGGUUGAAUUUUGUGCCAUGAAAGGGCUUUAAUCUUUCUGAUGUUGUAUAUAUGCAUGUGUUUGUUUCCUCUGACUUGACAUGUGCUCAUCUGAUGUGUGGAGUUGGUAGAACUGGUUAUCAGAGACCAGACUAUUUCAUUAACUUAUUUUUUGAACAUUUCCAAAUUAAAGCAAUUUUGUAGUGAGCCAUGAUCCGGACUUGGACUGACUGAAUUCUUCCACGAUGCCGGCGUGGGGAGUGUUUCAUCGCUUUACUUUUAUGUUUGUG